AUGUCUCAAGAGUCUAGCAAGAAGAUGGCUUCUGGUCCUAAGCCCGUUACAAAUGUGCAUGGUGUUCGCUUUUUGGGGCUCAAUCCAAAAAACCCCAAAUCGACUAGGGUUACUCGCUCGAGUGUCUUUGAAAUUGCAGAGGAAGUUCUUGAAGAUGUUUCUCCUCUUCAACAUCUUAAACCUGAAGGUAGCACCAAGAAGAAGCGCGCCAAGAAUACACCCAAGAAGAAAAAGAGUUCUAUUGUUGAGGGCACUCUGGAGGAGCCUACCGUUACAAUCGAGGCCCCUGAGAAACAAAGUGAGUAUGUUAAUGAGGUUAUUAAAACUGUUCUGAAUGAUGUUCUUGAAACUCCCCUAAUGUCGAUUCCAGUUGAAGAUGUUGGGCCUGAUGUUCCAACAACUAGGAAGGAAGCUAAUGAUGUUCCCAUCAGCAAUCUGAAUGCUGAUGAUGGUGUUGAUGUUGAUAUUGAUGGUGAUCACUCAAAUCAGGAAGAGAUUAAUCCUGCUCCUGUGACUGUCACUCCUGCAAGUCCUGUUGUAUCUCAACUCCCAUCUAUUGAGUUGGUGAAUGAUGUUUAUGUGUCUCCCUCUCCCACUGUGAAUCCUGAAGAACCUGCUGUCGAGGAAGAGGUUCAUGAAUUGGUUGAUGAUGAAGGCACAGAGUCUGAGGACUAUGUGUUGGCCAGAGUGUUGUCUGAGAAAAAGAAAAAGAGUACACAGGUCCAAGUCCCUGCCAAGAAGAAGAAGGACAAGGAGAAGAAGAAGGCUUUUGUUGAAGAAGUGACCCCUCAGAAGAAGAGUGUCAAGAGAAAAAGAAGAGAUGGUGAAGAGUCAUAUGUCGAGCCUGAUGUCUCAGACAUUGACACUACUGCCAGAAAAAGAAUGUCUGGAAGGAGGGUUCCAAGAAGGGUUUCUCUUGAGAGAGAACUUGUCCUAGAAGCUCUUGGAUGUCAAGAAGUUCUGGACUUGAUUGCUGCUGCUGGUCUUAUGAAGACUGUCACUGGAUUUGGGCGCAGUUUUGACAAGCUUGUGAAGGAAUUUGUUGUGAAUAUCACCCCUGACUGCAAUAUGGCUGGAAGUGCAAAGUACAAGAAGAUCACUGCUGAGCAAGUGAAAUCUUGGCCCAAGAAGGGUAUGUUGUCUACUGGCACCUUGAGUGUCAAGUAUGCCUUGCUGAACCGCAUUGGAGCUGCAAAUUGGUUGCCAACCAAUCAUUUUUCUCACAUUUCUAUUGGUCUUGCCAAGUUGAUUUACUUGAUUGGCACUAAGACUCCAUUUGAUUUUGGAGCUUUUGUUUUUGAGCAAACAAUAAAGCAUGCAUAUACUUUGGCUGUGAAGUUUCCCAUUGCAUUUCGAUCUCUGAUCUCUGAGAUCAUCCUCAGCCAGCACCCUAAGACUGUGGCCUCGGAUGAGUAUCCUUUGCAGAAGGCAAUUCCUCUUACCUUUGAUCCCAGGCUGUAUGUUGGACCACAUGUCCAGGACAAUGCUGUUGAGACUGAUCAAGCUAGAGCUGAGUAUGUAAAUGUGUCAAUGUCCCCUGCUGACCCUGGUGAUGUUCUUGCUGAACUUAUGGAAGUGUUCAAGACUCUUCAAGAUACCAUUGUGAGUUGCACUCAGAGGAAGAAGAAGUUUGAUCUGCUGAUCAAAAGGUUGACUAUGGGUAAAGCUUCUGUUGUUGAAGAUGGAAUUCAGGCUGGUGUUGCUCAGGAUGUUGGGACAUCUGGUUCUGAUUCUGAUUAG